GAUAUUGAUUUCAAAUAAUUCAACACGUCAAUAUGCCACCAAUUCGCAAUAAAAACCCAAAAGAUUUAGUUGAGCAAGAAGGCCGAAUCUUAUUAGCAAUUUCCGAUUUUCAGAAUGGCAAAAUCUCUACAAUUGCGCAAGCUGCUAGGAUUUACAAUAUCCCUCGUACGACUCUCCGAAAUCGACUACAUGGCACUCAACAAAGAUCUCUCGUACGUGCCAACAACCAUAAAUUGACUCAAUUUGAAGAGGAAUCACUUGUUAAAUGGGUCCCUGACUUAGAUAGACGUGGAUUACCUCCCCGCCACUCUCUCGUACGAGAGGUGGCUAAUCAUCUUCUCUUACAGCGCGGCAAUCAACAGGUUGGAGAAAAUUGGGUAUAUAAUCUGAUUCAACGUCGCCCAGAGAUCGAGUCAAAAUUUUCACGGAAAUAUAAUUAUGAACGUGCUAAAUGCGAAGAUCCAAAGAUAAUCCAGGAGCAUUUUGAUCGCGUACGAGAGGUUAUAUCUGAGUAUGGAAUCUUACCGGAAGAUAUCUAUAAUUUUGAUGAGACUGGCUUUGCUAUGGGACUCUGUGCAACUGCAAAGGUUAUUACCGGAAGCGAUCGAUAUGCUCGGCCAAAGCUUUUACAGCCUGGAAAUCGAGAAUGGGUGACUGCAAUCGAGGCAACUAAUUCAACUGGUUGGGCUCUGCCUUCGUACGUUAUUUUCAAGGCGAAGCAAUAUACUCGAUUAGGCUGGUUUGAGGAUCUUCCAAGCGAUUGGAGAAUCAAUAUUAGUGAGAAUGGAUGGACUACAGAUAAGAUUGGAUUAGAAUGGCUUAAAAUCCAUUUUAUUCCUCUUACAAAUGGCCGUACAAUGGGAAACUAUCGAAUGUUGAUUCUUGAUGGCCAUGGAAGUCAUUUAACUGCUGAAUUUGAUCGUACAUGUACUGAGAAUAAGAUUAUUCCACCUCUUGAUGUUGGCUGUUUUGCUGUUUUAAAGCGACAUUAUGGGCAGCUUGUUGAGCAGCGAAUGAGGCUUGGAUUCAACCAUAUUGAUAAAAUCGACUUCCUCGCUGCAUUCCCAGAGGCUCGUACAAUGGCAUACAAAGCUCAAACUAUCCGGAAUAGCUUUGCAGCAACUGGAUUAGUACCAUUUAAUCCAGAUCGAGUUCUUCAACAACUUGAUAUUCGAUUAAAGACCCCAACACCCUCUCCAAGUCGAUCAAGCAAUACACAAUCAUCCUGCUUACAAACCCCUCAAAAUCCACGUCAAUUCAAGCGCCAAAUGACUAUAUUUAAGAAGCGAAUGAGCCGGCGUACGAGAAGUCCAUCCCAGGUUACUGAUGAAGUAGUUAUGCGGAUAUCAAAGGCCUAUGAAAUGACUGUGAAUGAUCUUUUACUCGUACGGAAAGAAAACCAUGAUUUACGAGCUGCGCAUGAAAAAGAGAAGCAAAAACGUCAAAGAUCUAAGAAACAGAUAUCUAGUAAGCAAGGGAUUACUAGAGAGGAAGCCCAAGCACUCGUACAAAGCCAGGUUGAGGUAUCCCAAGCCGUUACUACUACUCCAGGUGAGCCUGAGCUCCCAGCUUCUCAACCAGUCGUACGCCGCCAAUUUCGCUGCAGUGGUUGUGGUGUUGAAGGACAUAAAUAA